UCACCGGCACAUAUUCCCCAGUAGUGCCGUCUGGUUGCAGCAAGUCAGACAGAAAACGGAAAAGAGCGGAGAGAGCCGGGGAGGGGCUCCGUUAAGGAAUAUUGCCAUCGCCGGCAUUCCAGCAAUCUAGAACUACGGUGUCCGCUUUUUGUCCGUCCCGUAGAGUUUUGUUUUUGAGGAGCCGGUUUCCGAGAGCGUGUCGAUUUGGCCGGAUUGCACUGAUCGCUGACUGCAAAGCAAGAAACACUGAUUUUGCACCGCUGGCUUGAAACCAGUCCCGUCCCCCCCUCCCCUUUCUCUCUCUCCCUUACCAGUCCUACCCUCCUUCCUUAGUUUUUUUUUCCCUUUGUCUGAUCUUCCUGAUCCCUGGCUACAGCAGGACUGCGAAAUAUUAAAGAUGCCUAGUUCGCUUUUUGCCGACAUGGAAAGGACCGGGAGCAGUCAAGGGGACACUCUAGAUGACCAAAGAGCCCUGCAAUUAGCACUGGACCAGCUUUCUUUGCUCGGUUUGGACAACGAUGACAGUUCCAUUUACGACAACGAGCCAAGGAAAAAGAGUGUGAACAUGACCGAGUGUGUCCCCGUCCCCAGCUCGGAGCAUGUUGCCGAAAUUGUUGGCAGACAAGGUUGUAAAAUCAAAGCUCUGCGAGCCAAGACCAACACCUACAUAAAGACUCCAGUGCGUGGGGAGGAGCCAGUCUUUGUUGUGACCGGCAGAAGGGAAGAUGUAGCAAUGGCUAGGAGGGAGAUCAUCUCAGCCGCGGAGCAUUUCUCAAUGAUCCGAGCCUCCAGGAACAAAAACACCAGCCUGAAUGGGAGUGGCACGGUGCCGGGGCCACCCAACCUGCCCGGUCAGACCACCAUCCAGGUGCGGGUGCCCUACCGGGUGGUGGGGCUGGUGGUGGGGCCCAAGGGAGCCACCAUCAAGCGCAUCCAGCAGCAGACGCACACCUACAUCGUCACGCCCAGCCGGGACAAGGAGCCGGUCUUCGAGGUGACGGGCAUGCCGGAGAACGUGGACCGCGCCAGGGAGGAGAUCGAGGCGCACAUUGCCAUGCGCACCGGGGGGCUCAUAGAGCUGACUGACGAGAACGACUUCCACGCCAACGGCACAGACGUGGGCUUUGACCUCCACGGACCCGGAAGCCUGUGGAGCAAGCCCACCUCCAGCAUGACCCCCACCGCCGGGCGUAAGCCCUUCUCCAACUACCGCAAUGACAGCUCCAGCUCACUGGGCAGUGCCUCCACAGACUCCUACUUCGGGAACAACAGUAGCUCCAGGCUGGCGGAUUACAGCCCGCCCAGCCCGGCCCUGAGCUACACCGCCUCCAACAACGGCAACAACAACAACAACGUCAACAUCAACGUGAACGGCAAUGGAUUUGUCUACGGGAGUGACGUGAUUUCCCCCGAUUGCACUGAUCUCGCCUUCGAGUCCCCCCCUGGGUUCGACCCCGCGCCCGCUCCCCCCGGCUCCACCCUGAUCUGGUCGCAGUACGAGCGCGGAGGCGUGGCCCCUUCCACUGCCACCACCACGAUUUUUCCUGCCAGUGCUUCCACGAAUGCCAAUGGGAUCCUAGCGAACCAGAGGAGAGCCAAUGGGGUGGGCUGCACCGCCCAGCCCCGGUUGUCCCCGCCGCUGCACCACGUGACCGGGGUGGCCGAGCACCCCCUGGCCCGCAGGGUCCGCAGUGACCCCGGAGGGGGCACCCUCACUUUCCCUGGCUACUCCAGCAAUGGGCUUUCCAAUGGACUCGUCUCCCUCUCCGGCUCCCACCUCCCGGGGGUGCCGUCUGAUUCCUCCGCCUCCUCUUCCUCCAGCUCCUCUUCCAGCUCCUCCUCCUCUUCGUCAGGGGCCGGGAGGAAGGGCAGCCGGGAUUGCUCCGUGUGCUUCGAGAGUGAGGUGAUCGCGGCCCUGGUGCCCUGCGGCCACAACUUGUUCUGCAUGGAGUGUGCCAAUCGGAUCUGUGAAAAAAACGAGCCCAAAUGCCCUGUCUGUCACGCUGCAGUUACUCAGGCUAUACGUAUAUUUUCAUAAGGUGUUCCAGCUCCACAAAGCCGUAACAGCAUUGAAAAAAAAACUUUGUUGUACUGCAUUAAAAAUAAUAGCCAAGAUUAUAUAUAAAGCUGCAGUAUCCCAUUAAAAGGGACAUCCUUCAGGGCUCUGUUGCCAUUGUUUGUAAUGUACUGUAGCUUGGGGAAAUAUUUUUACCAUCUAAUGCAUGUUCUAAUUAAUGAAGAAUAGUAAAUAAUAGUUCUAGUGAAUUUUACAAUGUAUUUAUAAAGUUCCAAAAUCAGAGAAGCCGUAAGUGAGGUACUUACGCCAUGUAAUGUACAGACUAUAAGGACAGCAGGCCUGCUGGUAUCACAAGCAGCAGAGUUAACGGUGGGGUACUUUUGAGUGCUUUGUAAAAACAUUUAUAUCCAAAAGGAAAACAAUUCCUGUGGAAAAUAUUUCUAAAUGAAAAAAGAUACUGCAGCUUUAGUUGGAAAAGGAGGAAAAAAAGCAACAACAUAUCUUAUGUAUAGAUGAAAAAUUCCACAAGUUUAAACUUUUAAAGAUUAAUGACAUUAAUACAGAUUGAAGUAUUUUAUUCUUUUUUGACUUGAAAGAUUAUAUUUCGUAUUGCAAAGAUGUUUACAAGUAUUUUAAUUUAAGUUCAGUGAACUUUUUGUAGCUGGGUUAAAUUUUUUUUUUAUUUUUUAGUAUGGCCAUUCGGCAAAGAGCACUGUAUUAUUUUAAUAUCACACAGCUGUGGAUGGAACUACAAACCACAAGAUGUGUAUUGCAUUAAACAGUAUUCUGUUGGGUUGAAGGUUUUAUAGGUUCAGCAAAAAAGUCUUUUAAAUCUGCUUCACCCAGCAUAUUUUUUAUUCAGUGAUAUAAAGCAUAUUUUAUUCUAUAUUAUUACAAAAAUGAAAAUGUAUAAAUCUUAGUAAGUCAAACAAAAAGGAACUGUUUAUGCUUUCUAAAAAUUUGUAUAAAUUAGAUUCUGGUGGAGAUUACAGAGUUCUGUUGCACCACUAUAGUUUUAGUAGUUCUAUUUUAAUACAUUUGUUUGCCUCUUGUUUCUGUAUAUGUAGGUGAAGUUAUUUGAGCGUAAAUGUACUUUAUUGAGCAAAGUUUUUAAAAAACAAAGUAUAUUUUAUUUUAUGAUAAAGGGCCUUUAACCUCAUGGUCAAAUACUAAUAUUAUAUUUGCUGAAACAAGAUUUGAAAUUGUAUCAAGAGUUUUAUUUUUCUGACAUUUAAAGUUCUACAUAAUAAAGGUAAAACUUAAGUAAUGGUGCUACUUCAUGUUUUUUUAAGUAUUUCUAUAUAAAUACAAUAAAAAUGGUACAUGAAACA